AUGAAGUUUACUACCGGAAAAAUAUUCGUAUGCGAUGGUAAAGAGUGGAAAGCCUUGCAGUACGAAGAAUCCUCCUUGGGCUCCAGGGGAUACCCAGGUUUUUCAUGCAAAGAAAUUAAGACCGGCUUGAAAGACGCGGCCAACGGAAUUUAUUGGAUCACUUUGAGUGGUAGGUUUACAUUAUUGAGAAUUAUUGGUAUAUUUUCCUCGCAAACGCAACUAGGUUAAAAAAGGCGCGGAUUAUUUCCUUCAUGCUAUUGUAUUAGCCUAUCCAGAACUAUGUAAAAGUAUAUCACAGUAAGGAAGAUGGAAAUUUUUUAGCUCUGCCUUUGAUUUAAGAAAUACGUUAUUUAUUCUGUCAAGUGCGCGAACAAAGCGAAAAUACGAACGGUUAAAGCCUCGAAAAAUCUUUCAUCUCGCAAUCAUUUUAACCAAUCCUGAAGUCUCUUCAGACUUUGCAAUUAGUCAUUAUCUUUUGGUCUAAGGCUAGAAUCCUCUUGGAGCAUUUUUGUUCGUCCUAAGGUCGUGGCGUAACGAAUAGGAACUUAAAAAAUGAGCAUUCUGAAGUCUCGGCCUCAAAAAUGCUUGAGCCUGUUUACUUCCUAUUGCUGAGCAUGGUGUUAACAGAACCAAGUGUAAAUCGCGAUCUUUACGUCAUAAAGGCCUACAGAAGAUGCAGAUAGUGGGGUCCUUAGCAUGUAGAUGGCUUUCUCACUUUGUUACAACGGUAACCUCCUGUUAUCCUUUUUAUCAAAAGACUUCAAAAACGCCUUCCCAGUUUACUGUGACAUGGCUGCUGGAGGUAAGUACUAGACACGAACUUUACAAAACAAUGCUUGGUGAAACUUGCGCAAACCAUAUUUUCUAAUAUUGAAAUGAUCUGUAAAAGAUUAACCACGGCUGGUAGGUUGGGUUAAUGGCAUAUUACAAGUCUUAAAGGAGAUCAAUCUUUUCUUUCGUGGCAGUUCCAUAACGAGUAAGGGAGGUAUUAAAAAUGGAAGACCUGUGAAGAGGACGAACAUUUUGUAAAAGUUUUGGCGAAUUAUUGCACCGAAAAUGAAACGUUGAAAGCAUAUGGAUCUCGCCAAUUCAAAGUGCUGCUUAGAGCUUCUGCUGCUAUUACCUAUCUUUACAAGGCAAUUUUUUUCUUUAAAAUUAUUAAAAAAUCCAUUUUUGGUUUAAGGGUUGGACUAUGGUUUUCAAAGUGGUAAGUGGAGUCGAUAAGAAAGUGUAUCCUACCUACGUCUCGCCUCAAACAUCUUCUGAGAAAAACAUGGCUGCACUUGACGUCACGAGUAAGCACAAGGAUCACUACAAGAACAGAAUAGUUUUAAAAUGGAGUGACUUUGGGGCGUUGGAGGUAAUUUGAGUAUAAAGAGGAAAAGUUAAUAUGAAUUUAUUACUCUCAAAGAAAGGGCUAUUUGAGAAAGAUCCUGUCGUCGUCGUGUCACAAGCGUGGGAUAAAGAAAAAACACUCUGAGUCCCUAUCAAGAAUCGAACUUCAAAUCUUCCGAUUCCACGCUCCAAUACUCUGCCACUAAGCCACAGAGACUCUACGGAGAACAUGGCCAUUUUUUUGUCCCCCUCUCGAGACAAGACGAAAAAGACAUCUUUCUCUAUUCCUCAGUACCGAGCUCCUAAUUGACCAUCUUUCUUAUUCUGUUUACUCGAACGGUUGAUUAUUCAAAAUUAAGAAUUACAUUAUUUAUUUGAAUUUGCCCUCGGGCAAAAACAAUUUUAAUCAUCAGUCUGGGCGGGAAGUGUCUCGGGCAAAAACAAUUUUAAUCAUCAAUUUGGGUUGGAAGUGUCAAUUCAGUCAAAAAUGGUCACCAUAGAAACGCUCGCCAAUUACGCGGAAUAAACUUGUCGCAUAUCUGAAGCAAAUGAAGAUUCUGUGUUGUCAUUUUUACGAACCCAUCCAUUCCUUUGCUGUUGCCAAACUGGUAAAAAUAAUUACUUUUCUUUUUUCUUUUCUCUUUUUUCCUAUCAGGCGAGAGUUGCCCUUUAUGCCGGAGGGCAGCUAGUCAAGGAAGUGAGCUUCAAUGCACAGAAAACAAACAACUUGAACUGGUUCUCGGCCAGUAAACUGAUUGACAGCUCCUGGAAAGACAUGAAAUCCGAGCCAAAGAACAUCUUUUCUAUUCCCGGGCAGCACAAUCGCAACUUCUUCAUCAACAGUCGAUAUGGCGGAUGUCCUAACGAUGUCGGAUGGAUGGUGAUCACUUCCAACUACUGUAAAUGGGAGACACGUUUCCUUCCUCGCAAAAACGUCAUUCUGUACAGCAAAUUGUCAGGACACACUAACUGGAACCAAUACAGUAAGUCUACCAUUAACAAUGGGGGAGUGGGG